AUGGCAGCGAAGAAGGCGUGCGCGGACGCGGGCAAGCGGAGCCGGAGUCCGGUGGCGCUGGAGGCGGAGAUGUUCGGCGAAUUUCAGGACUGGUGUCUCCGGACCUACGGGGACUCCGGCAAGACCAAGACGGUCACCCGGCGCAAGUACAACAAGAUCAUGCAGACGCUGCUGCAGAGCGACGACUCGGACGGCGUGUACGUCGACAACAGCCACAUCAACGCCAAAUUCAAAUUCUGGGUGAAGUCGAAGGGCUUCCAGGUCGGCACCAACGUCCUGGGGGAGCACAACAAGAAGGGGGCGGCCGGGAAGCCCGUCCUAUACGUCCCGGUCAAGUCCACGUGUUCUGACGGCGGCUCGGCCCAAGACAACUCCUCCCUGAAGCGAGUGGCUGUGGUGGAGGACUUCUUCGACAUCAUCUAUGCGAUGCAUGUGGAGAUGGGUGCUGACCCGGGCAGGGCACCCAAACAUGCGGGCCAGAAGAAGACCUACAAAGCGAUAGCCGAGACCUAUGCCUUCCUGCCCAGGGAGGCGGUGACACGCUUCCUAAUGAGCUGUGGAGAAUGUCAGAAGAGGAUGCACAUCAACCCCAGCACGGCCGAGUUCAAAGAAAAUGACAGACCCACUUCACUGGUCCCAGACCUCAUUGACUACAACAUGCCUCUCACUGCCACCUACCUGAAACAAAUGAAGCUACAGUGUAUGACUGCCAAGGAAAGGGAUGACAGUUCAGUGAGCAGUGAGGACAUGGACACGGCUGAGCCCACAUGGGUCGCAUCUGAACAGACCCCAGUGCCUGAACAUGGUACCCCCAACGGAGAGAGGGUCACCAGCCCACCACCCACCAUUAAAGAGGAGGACGACGAGGACUCCUCAGAGAGCGGCAGCGCCAAUGGGCUGCCGGCCCUGACCUCCUCGGAGGUGCCGGCUGUACGCAGGAACCCCGCAGAUGGCGGGGCCCCAUAUGGGGAGGUGACCGAGAAUGGGGUGAGCGCGCCCCUGGACUUCAGCACCACCUCCUCCUCGUCCUCCUCAGAAGAUCAGCAACCAGUGAAUCUGAGUGAAAGACUGUUGCCCAUGGGGAGUUCUCCGCUAACUCCGUACCCAGCUGACCCUAACAGGAAGUGCCCCGUCAAAACUGAAUACACCAAUAAGUCUCCUCAGUACAGCUCAGGAAGCUACGACUCUGUGAAAACGGAGCUGAGCAUGAGUGCAGAGGACUUGACCUCUGGCCGAACACAGAUCAUUGACGAUGAUGACGACGAUCACGACGAGCACGAUGACAGUGACAAGAUCAACGAUGCCGAGGGCAUGGACCCUGAAAGGCUGAAAGCCUUCAAUAUGUUUGUGCGUCUGUUCGUGGACGAGAACCUGGAUCGGAUGGUGCCCAUCUCCAAACAGCCCAAGGAGAAGAUCCAGGCCAUCAUUGAGUCCUGCAGCCGCCAGUUCCCAGAGUUCCAGGAGCGCUCCCGCAAGCGCAUCCGAACCUACCUCAAAUCCUGCCGCCGCAUGAAGAAGGGCGGUUUUGAGAUACGACCAACACCUCCUCACCUCACCUCUGCCAUGGCGGAGAACAUCCUUGCUGCCGCCUGUGAGAGUGAAACUCGAAACGCUGCCAAGAGGAUGCGGCUGGACGUCUACCAAGCAACGGAUGAACCUGCCUCGGUUGACAAGCCCAGCUCGUGGGAACCGGCCUCUGUAGCCCCGUCAGGCUUCUCCAUAGUGAGCGCAGCAUUUUCCCAGGAGCAGCAUUACACCAACGGAGGCCUCAACUACAAUUUACGAGGCUAUGGGACAGUCAGUAGCAACCAGCAGACUACUGGUGCUGCACAAAGUAAUGGUCCCACAGAUCUGAGUAUGAAAUCCGUGGUGCCGAAUUCCUCGUCGUCCAGUUCCAACAGUCACGGGCAGGGCGGCGGCGGCGGCGGAGCGUCGGCUCAGCUCAGCCCCCCGGAGGUCACAGCGGUGCGGCAGCUCAUCGCCGGAUACCGGGAGUCUGCCGCCUUCCUGCUCCGCUCGGCGGACGAGCUCGAAAACCUGAUCCUGCAACAGAACUGA